GGGGCCGGCGGCGAUGGCGGCGCUGUUCGGUGGCGUGGAGGGCGGGGGCACCCGCUCCAGGGUGGUGCUGGUGUCCGCGGAGGGGCAGAUCGUGGCCGAGGCAGAGGGACCCUGCACCAACCACUGGCUCGUGGGCCCCGAGACGUGCGUGGAGCGGAUCGAGCGCAUGGUCAGCGAGGCCAAGAGCCGGGCGGGCGCCGACCCCCGGCAGCCGCUGCGCUCGCUGGGGCUGUCGCUGAGCGGAGGGGACCAGCCGGAGGCCGUGGAGAAGCUGAGGGAGGAGCUGCAGCGCCGCUUCCCGAACCUGAGCCAGAGCUACUUCAUCGGCACCGACGCCGUGGGGGCCAUGGCCACGGCCACCGACCACGGUGGCAUCGUGCUGAUCUCGGGCACGGGCUCCAACUGCAAACUCAUCAACCCCGACGGCUCCGAGAGCGGCUGCGGCGGCUGGGGACACAUGAUGGGGGACGAGGGCUCGGCGUUCUGGAUCGCGCACCAGGCCGUAAAAACGGUGUUCGACUCCCAGGACAACCUGCGGGCGCCGCCCCACGACGUCGCCUUUGUCCGCCAGGCCAUGCUCGACUACUUCCAGAUCUCGGACAGGAUGGGGCUCCUGCCCCACCUCUACCGCACCUUCGAGAAGGGCAAAUUCGCGGGGUUCUGCCAGGAGCUGGCCCAGGGUGCCCAGCUGGGUGACCCGCUCUGCUGCCACAUCUUCACCGAGGCGGGCGAGCAGCUGGCGCGCCACGUGGUGGCCGUGCUGCCCAAAAUCCACCAGAGCCUCUUUGCGGGCGAGCUGGGGCUGCCCAUCGUGUGCGUGGGCUCGGUGUGGAACAGCUGGGAGCACCUGCGCCCCGGCUUCGUGGCGGCGCUGGAGCGGGCGCGGCCGGCGGCGCCGGCGGCGUUCUCGGGGUUCAGCCUGCUGCGGCUGCAGCGCCCCGCGGCGCUGGGCGCGGCGCGGCUGGCAGCGCGCGGGGCGGGCGCGGCGCUGCCGCUGCACCGCGCUGCCAACGCCCGCGUCUUCUACGCGCACCGAUUCUGA